GUGCUGCAGGACGGCGAGGUCUUCGAGAAGGCGGGUGUGAACGUGUCCGUGGUGUUCGGGCUCCUGUCGGAGGAGGCAGCGCGGCAGAUGCGAAGCAGAGGGAAGUCUCUGAAGGCCAAAGACGGGAAGCUGCCUUUUUGCGCCAUGGGUGUGAGCUCUGUUAUCCAUCCAAAGAACCCUCAUGUUCCAACCAUGCACUUCAACUACAGAUACUUUGAAAUUGAAGAAGCAGACGGAACUAAACAGUGGUGGUUUGGUGGUGGGACUGACCUCACUCCAACUUACUUGAAUGAAGAGGAUGCCGUUCAUUUUCACAAGACUCUGAAAGAAGCCUGUGACAAGCAUGAUCUGAAGCUGUAUCCCAAGUACAAGAAAUGGUGUGAUGACUACUUCUAUAUCAAGCACCGUGGUGAGCGAAGAGGCAUUGGAGGUAUAUUCUUUGAUGACGUGGACUCUCCCUCCAAGGAGGAAGUAUUCCAGUUUGUGAAGAGCUGUGCUAAAGCUGUUGUGCCUUGUUACAUUCCCAUUGUGAAAAGGCACUGCCAUGAUGCCUUCACACCAGAGGAAAAGCUAUGGCAGCAGCUUCGGAGAGGACGGUAUGUGGAGUUCAACUUGGUUUACGACAGAGGUACAAAGUUUGGCCUCCUGACACCAGGAUCAAGAAUUGAAAGCAUUCUUAUGUCUCUGCCACUGACUGCAAGGUGGGAGUACAUGCACACCCCUCCAGAGAGCUCAAAAGAAGCAGAAAUCCUGGAGGUUCUGCGCAAUCCCAAAGACUGGGUGCACUGACACGGAUCGUGAACAAGAUGGAUUGCUUACACUGAGCCAUUAUGUAUGAAAGAACAGGAACGCCUGCAAACCAGCUCAUUCAAGCUGCUGUUGCAUGGCAGUUUAGUAUAGCUAUUCAUACUCUUACCUGGUGCCUUAAUAAUGCUGUAGACUUGUUAUAACUUGCAAAUAUGUGAAAUCAUUCUUUAAGAUUGAUCAGCUGAUGUUAUCACUCUCUGUCGAUGUUGCCUGGUGAAGGACUGGUGAUACCCUCACAGGACUACUGUGCAUGCUUAAGAACUUCCUCAACUGAUUUGUUUGACUGCAAAACGGCAAACUGCUGUGAAGUGUUCUCCCAGUGGAAUGAAAGCAUUAUCUGUGCCUAAAUAGCACUGCUUACUCUUAGAAAAUGUUGGGAUGUUUUAGAAAUAUUUUUUUAAAGAAUAAAGGGAAUAUUUGGUAUGAUUU